CUGGGUGCCAGUGCUUCAGCCGUGGGGCUGAGCGCUUAAAAGUUUCUGGGGGGGCGGGAAGGCCAGGGGAAGAGGUUUCCCCUGUCCCAGGCAGAUCUGGAUGGGGGGCCCUUGUCACCAUGGAGGGGGUGCUGUACAAGUGGACCAACUAUUUGAGCGGCUGGCAGCCUCGAUGGUUCAUUCUCGCAGGAGGUGUGUUAUCCUACUACGAUUCACGGGAAGAUGCUUGGAAAGGCUGUAAGGGGAGCAUCCAGAUGGCAGUAUGUGAAAUUCAAGUUCAUUCUGCAGACAAUACGCGGGUAGAUUUGAUCAUCCCUGGAGAACAGUACUUUUAUCUGAAAGCCAGAAGUGCAGCAGAGAGGCAAAAGUGGCUGAUCGCUCUAGGAACUGCCAAGGCCUGCUUGACGGAUGUCCGGACACAGAAAGAAAAAGAGUUUACAGAAAACACGGACACUUUGAAAACAAAAAUGGCAGAACUCCGGCUGUAUUGUGACCUCCUUGUUGAGCAAGUGGCUAAAACGAAGGAAGUCGGCAUGUCUGGUGUUUCAGCAGCUCAGAACGGAAUUGAUAUGGGAGCACUGUUGAAAUCCACCUGCACCACCUUUCUGAAGACCCUUGAAGAUUGUAUGCACAUUGCAAACGCAGCCUUCUCUUCGGAGCUGCUCCCGUCUGAAUCUCCCAGCGUUUCCAAACCAAACAAGCUAAUACCUUCCGUCUUAUUUAGCCACGAUAUAUCAGAAAGGAAGAUGGAAUUAAAAAACUGUGAAAACGGAUCUCUGUAUGCAAACACCAACCUUCAUGAGCGAUCCCUGAUUGAUAAACUGACCCCUGACCCCCUGAAAACUGGCAAGAUGGACUGCACAAACACGAUCAAGGAUGAUUUGGCAGGUGGUGGCAAUGACGAUGGAGAGGACAAGCUGCUGCCAAAAGAGGACAAUCAAGACGACAAAUCUUUAAAGCCUGUAGUGGAAUCGGCAAAGAAAUCAACAGCAUUGCAAUCAGAAGAGAAAUCAGACAAAGCUUUACCUACUUUUUUCAGCGCUAUGAGCAUUAGGUUUAGUGAUAUCAAGCUUUUUGAGGAUGGAGGUAUACCCACAGAAGAAUUCCUACAAUCUUGUAAUGAAAUAGUUCCAGUCUUGGACAAACUUGGGCCCACAGUCUUUGCUCCCGUUAAAAUGGAUUUUGAAGGGAACAUCAAGAAAGUAAAUCAGAAAUACAUAACCAACAAAGAGGAGUUCACCACUCUUCAGAAAAUUGUCCUACACGAACUGAGCUCUGAAGAGGCAGCACUUAGAAACUCUGCCACGCAGGCCCUCCUCUGGCUGAAAAGGGGUUUAAAAUUUCUGAAGGAGUUUUUGAAAGAGCUAAAGAAUGGAGAGAAGAAUAUUCAAACAGCACUGAAUAAUGCUUACGGCAAAACGUUACGACAAUACCACGGCUGGGUUGUCCGAGGAGUUUUUGCGCUCGCGCUAAGGGCAUCUCCGACGUACGCAGACUUUGUGGCUGCGCUCUCUCUCGGAGAGUGUGAGAACCAGGAAGAAGCUUUUUACAACGGAAUGCAAAGGGACCUCGACAUCUACCUACCGGCCAUGGAGAAUCAGCUCUGCAUCUUGGACGCACUGUAUGACGAACACGGGCUGGAGUCGGACGAAGUGGUGUGAUUGCCAGCCCCACGCGGUGCCUCGCAAAUUCAGGGAUUGUGUCCGCUAACAUAGCUUUUUAUCCCCAGAAAGCUAUUCUGUUUCUUUGUGUUUUUCCAGGCUUGGGAAGGGACUCGAAGCUUCCUUUUUUAUACACUUUUGUUACUAUUUACUAUUAUUAUUUGAAUGCUUGCUCGUGUUUAAACGCAAAGGUGCUAUACAUCUAGGCGAGAUUGUGACUGUCCUGAUGACAGGUGGAUCUCGCCGUGUUUGCUGUGUGGCAGGCCAUACAUGGCAGUGGUUCCAAGAGCCGUAGCCGCGGCGUUUGGUACCGUUGGGCUGAAUAGUUCAGAGCUUUUCCUUACCGGCGAAACGACCGCAGGUCGAAUCAACAAAAGCAAUAUUAGCAUUCAGUCUAGUGGCUGUAAAACGUAGCCAGGAUUUGCAAAGCCACACUUCCCAUUUUAGUGCAAGUCUUCCUUGCAGGUUUAAUCAUACCCAGAACCCAGGGUGUUACCAGGUCACAAGUAACCCCCCAGUUUUCAUCAUGUUGAAGCAAUUGGCUGCAUCCCUCCACAUCAGUGGAAACAAAGGAUCUGCCCCAUGCUCACUUACCAUGGUGACAGAUGACUGCUGACCUCUUAAGGCUGUCAACGUGCUUCCAUUGCUUCCAAGCUGAUGUUCUCGUGCUAAGCCAGAAGCACUGGGAAAUUCCUCGUGCCACAACGAUCAUGUAUCUUGCACACUGCCUGUCUCUGCUCCAACAGAAGGUGGAGGAAACAGAAGAAUGCACCACUUUGCUCCAGCACCCCCUGGUUGCAGAUGCUUUCUAACUUCCGGGUUGACUUGCUUUUGGAAUCAGUAGAACUCUUUGCGAGUUAGGAUUGCAGCUUUUGCAGCCUGUGCUUUAGAGGCCUAUUUGAAACCAAAUCAUAAGCAUUCCAUGUCUCUAUUUGAAUCAUUCUCAACUUUGGAUUGCAAAAAGGCUGUAUUUGGAGCAGAAUCUGUGGAAUGGUGAAUCAAUCCAUAAACAACUGUCUUCUUCAGAGUAAUUGGAAGCCUUUUUUUGUUUUAGGUCCAGAUGUAAUUUUAGAAUACAUGAGCGUUUCCACUGCUAAUGGUUUUUUUUUUU